AGGCGGACUAUCUAAACGCGCUUGGCAGCAUGUAUAACUUGGUGCAUGCAAGGGAAUGACGGCUUCGUCGGUUCUUGCUUGUUCUUCCUCCGUCCCACGACCACCUUCAACGGCUCACUGUCAUGUUCUUUCGAGACCGAGAAGCUAGUGCCUCUAAACAAGAUGCGAAAGACGGCGUUCUGGAUGCUGCUUCUUCUGUCAAGCUCGGUUUGAGUACUGAAGUCGCUGUGGACGAAGCCAGAGUUCAGGCUGAAGAACGCCGUCUGAAGCGCAAGUUCGACUGGUUACUUCUCCCUCCCCUGACUGUUAUGUACCUUUGCAAUGCUUUGGACAAAGGAAACGUCGGUAAUGCGAAGACAGACGGAUGGGACAAGGACGUAGGCCUUGUAGGGAACCAGUAUUAUCUGCUCGUCAUGAUAUUCUACGUCCCUUUCUGCCUGUCUGGUACACCUAUCAGCAUUUUCAUCAAAAGGUUUAGCGCCGCCAGAGUGCUACCCCUCAUGAUGAUUGGCUUUGGAUCCAUGGCACUUUGUACAGCAGCCGCGAAGAACUUCUCCGAGAUAUUUGCCAUUAGAUUCUUCUUGGGGAUAUUUGAGUCUGCCAUGCUUCCAGGAGUGGUCUUCUAUCUAUCCACAUUCUACAAACGUAACGAACUCGCCUCAAGAGUCGGUCUAUUCUAUGCCGCUUCGUCCAUUUCCGGAGCAUUUUCGGGUCUCAUUGCCUUCGGAGUCUUCCACAUCAAGAGUACGAAGUACCAUUCAUGGCAGUACCUGUUCUGGAUCGAGGGUGGAUCUACCAUUUUCUUCGCCGUCUUCGCUUUCCUUUGGCUCCCUAGAUCUCCCGCCUCCUGGUGGUUCCUCAGCCCCCGCGAGAAAGAACUCGCUCGACAGCGCGUUCAAGCCGACUCAUCCUCUGUCGUUAACGAGAAACUCAACAUCCGCACCGCCUUCCAACCUUUCAAGGACUGGCGAUACUGGGUUUGGGCGUGGAUCAGUCUCGCGCUGGGCGUCCCCCUCGCAAGCGUGAACAACUUCUUGCCACAGAUCGUCGCCAGUCUGGGAUACUCCACCGUCAAGACGAACUUGUACACAGUGGCUCCAAAUGUCGUUGGUACUGUCGCAUUGGUCUUACUCACAUUCAGCUCCGACUACUUCCGUGAGAGGUCGAUCCACAUCUGCAUCCCGCUCGCAACAGCCCUCGUCGGUUUCGUCAUACUAGGAUGCAUCGACCCUUUGAAAGACAAAGCGGUCGCUUACUUUGCCUGCUUCCUUCUGACCAUGGGCGCUUUCGCACCGUCUGUUCUUGUGGCGUCUUGGUACUCAAAUAACACGAUGAGCGAGAACCAGCGUGCGGUUGUGGCCGCAGUGAUGGUCGCCCUCGCCAAUGCUGCCGGUCUGAUCUCUACAAACGUCUUCCGCACGCAAGACGAGCCGAAAUACGUCCCAGCUCUCAUCACCUCAGCUGUAUUCGGAGGACUCUGCUUGGUCCUCGUCGCAAGCCUGGGUGCCUAUAUGCGCUGGGACAACAGAGAGCGCGAUCGCGCGCAGGGUAAGCACAUCAGAGCAGGAGACGUAUCGACGCAAGAAUUGGACGACGGAUUCCAAUCAGCCUCGUUCCGCUGGAUGUACUGAUGGGGAUGUUCCUGUUACUGCGACGUAUAUGUAUGCCUUGCCGCUUCCGGCCACCGCACUUUGUAGACAAGAGACCGGUGCCUACAUAUCUUUUCUGUGUUGACACCGGCGGCGUUGACGUUGUGAUGAUAAUGAUGACGAUGACGAUUGGAAUCCUAACAUAUGCAUCAUUCAUGUGUUCCGAGUCGAAGAGAUCGUUACCUCGUUCAGAGCUAUCGACGAUCGCAGUCCAGCCAGCGGAAUACGUCCCUUGCUCGUGCUCGAGCGAUGAACCUGUAAAAUCACAGUAAUGACACGCUUUCAAUUCGUCGAUCUAUUACAGAAAAUGGGGUUUCCUAAGAAAGGGCAAACCACUGCUAAACACUCGGAGAAGGAGUAACGACUAAACCUGCCUCUGCAUGUUUUAUUAUUGAUUAUUUUUCUCUUGCGAGAAACGCACGAGGGGCCCAGCAAAGAAGCAUGAACCUGCAAAAAAAGGGGAAGAAAAUACAGAUCACAAAGGCUCAGAAGUGUGUGUGGCCCUAAAAAGACGAGGUUGUGGCGAGUGGCGUCUGCGGGCUUCACAUGUUCAGCAACGACAAGAUCAGGGAGUUGAGAGACCUAGACAUUCGGAUGAAAGGCACUCGACCAGAGAUUACGGGCAGAGGCUUUCACUGAUGGGCUUGCAUGAUGGCGUCCGAGAUGAAUGCGGCCGAGACGGGUCUUCCUCCGAACCAACGACCAUUGAGACCUUGGACGGCAUUGCGAGCCGCGUCGAUAGUACCGAACCUAACGUAGAUCUCACCCUGUGUUUCUUUUUCAACCUUGAUGCGGUCAACUGGGCCAUAUUGCUGCUCGCAUUCGCCCUUGACGUCUUCAGCCAGCUCCUUAUCCCAGUCGCGCUCCGUUUCCUCUUCAGGAUUGAACAUGUUCUUGAGCAGCACGGACUUCGUCUCCAUGGCCUGCGGAAGGUUGGGCUUCGCGAUCGGCUCCGGUGUCGACCUGCUCGGUUCAAUCCUGGCAAGUUUCUGCAUUAGCGCUUGACGAGAUGCCGCGUUCAAAUUACCACCGCCAGCUUCAUCCAAAGAGUCCUGCUGGGCGUAUCGCGCAGUGCCCUUUUCAUGCACUGUGUUGACGCGCAACGUACGACCCGCAAGCUCAAAGCCCUCCAUUUGCUCCAGGGCCAUCUUAGCGUCCUCAGACUUCUUGUAUUGGACAAAGGCGUAGCCCUUGCUACGGCCAGUCGUAGGAUCCCUGUGGAGAUCAACAAACUCCAGUUCUCCGAACGGUUCAAAGACCUGUUUGAUGUCACUCUCGGUGAGGUUGAAGUGCAGAGAACCAACGUAUAGUUGCAUGGACCCUCCAUGGGGUGCGCUGACGCCCGGGGGCAGGUUGAGAUUUCCGUCUCCUGGGUGAAGCCUGUUCCUUUCGGACUCAGUCAGUUGAACCAUGAUAGGGAGCCCCAUAACAACAGUGCCACUCAGAGCGAUCGCCUUUUCGACCAGUUCAAUCGAGCGGAACUCGACGUAGCCAAUGCCUUUAGAACGCCGGGAGAGUCUGUCUGUGACGAUCCUAGCAUCAAGCACUGUGUUUUCGCCUAGUUUAUCCUCAAAGAAGUAACCCAGAUCACGCGCAGUGAGUCGAGCGGCAAGCUGAGAGACGAACACAGACCGAGCUUCGGAAUCAUCUUCCUUCGGCUCUUCAUUCGUGGGGUCGUCCGACUGCUGGGCAUACGAUGGGGAAGGGCGCCUGACAGGUGGCGGUGAGGGUGGUCUGCGAUUGCGGCGAGGGGGCCGACCGAAAUCGUCAUCGGGAGGGGGAGGAGGAGGUCGACGACGGUCGUCUCCUCCUCUCCUCUCAUCUCUCCUAUACCUAGGCGGAUCGUCGAACUCGUCCCUCGGGUCGCGGGGCGGUCGAGGUGGCCUGUCCACCUCGCGUGAAAAGGCCCUCUCAGAGCCCCUGCGAGGACUUUCCUUGCCAUGGGAAGAGGCCACGCCAUCCUCGACGACCACAUCCUCCGCGCGCUUCCUCUUCGACCGUUCCUCCACGUCCACUUCCACGUCCUCGUCGCGUUUCCUCCUCCGUCCAUCUUUAUCUUUCUCGUCCCGCUCACCACGGUCACGAUGACCAUGUCUUUCCGUGUCUCGUUCCCUGUGUCGCCUCUCCCUGUCCCUGUCCCGAUCAACAUCGCGCUCACGAUCCCCCCGAUGCACUCUCUCCCUCGAACGACUACGGCGUCUUUCUCGGCUACGACUGCGUCGACGACGUUCACGGUCACGGUCCCUAUCCCGGUCACGAUCGUCGUGGCGCUUUUCUUUACGUUCCUUGUCCACGCCGCGUUCCCUGUCCCUAGAAGUCGACCUGUGAGAUCUCCUGGUACGAUGCGUAUCUGUAGACCUGUCUCGAGAGCGAACAGAUGCUCGGUCUGAGGGUUUGUCAACGUCCAUCUUACCG